AUGACACGACUAUUAGACAGUUACGAGAUAGAUGAUUCACCUACAAAAGCAGCUCUCGUAAUCCAGGCUUCGCUGCCUCUACUGUUCAUCUUUCCUCCUAUCUUAAUAUACGGCUUAUAUCACCUUGAAUUCAUCAACUUCACAAUUAUAGAGUAUCUAGUUAGCGUCAUUUCCGUUUUGUUAAAUAUCCCACAUUUACGUCGCAUGGUGAAAUCUGGGAUCGUGCCUAUACUUCGUUUCAGUUUUUACCCAGCAACAAGUCCAUUUGUCACGCUAUAUUUUGUGAAGCCAUUCAAUCUGGCUGUUCGUCGUUUAGUUGGGCUUCCAGUAAAGGUAGCCAAUAUCUCGAAAUAUGAACCAACUGUUAUGACUUCUAUGAAAUAA